AUGGGAUGCGUCAAAGAAGAAAGCAAAGAGACUGGGGGUCAACCGAACGAAGGGGAUGCGAUGAGCCGGGAAAUAUCAGAUUCGUUUCUUUCUCAGUACAUGAAACAACCACAACGUAAGAAUGCAUUAUCUAGCCAUGAAAUAUACUUCAAAUCAAUAGACAAAAAUCGGACGGAUAAGACUUACGAUAUAUAUGAAAAAUACUUGGUGAAGAGUAAGAGCGAACCGGUGAGGAAGAGAGACGCCGAUACACAAAAAUUGCAUCAGAAGAGGAAUGUUGAAGAAGAUAUAAUACCGAUAAUACGGAAACGUAGGGACGAAGAAAGGACGAAAAACCAUGGAAGUGAAGUAGAGAUACGACUGGCUGGUACAGCGAUAGCGACAGAAUCGCCGGUAGACACUGGUUCAUACCCUGAGACAAAACUCAAACAGGUAACCAAAAAGUUGGCUAAGGAAUUCAUGGAAUGUGCAAUAGAUGAUUUGAUAAAUCUAUUAUCGAGAAUGUUGCGGUCAUUGAUAAACUUGAACGAUAAAAAUGUUCCAGCAUCAAUAUCGAAUCCUCAGGAAAAAUCGUCAUCGAGCAAUAGGGUCUUGACCCGGUAUCACUCACGUACGCCUCCGGGAAUAUCUAUUCGUACGUACUUAACCAGAUUGACAAAGUUCAACAAUUUUACCGCUGCGACUCUUUUGACCACCAUCUACUACAUUGAUUUAUUGUCGCAUCAUUAUCAGCCGUUUUUCACUCUUAAUUCCUGGACAGUACAUCGGUUCCUUCUCGUGGCAACCAUGCUCGCACAAAAGCUGAUGGAAGACUUUUUCUACACUAAUGAACAUUAUGCAAAAGUCGGAGGUGUGGCCAUAAGUGAGUUAAACUGUUUGGAACUCGAUUUUUUGAACCGGGUCGAUUGGAGGUGUGUGCCCGCAAAGCAGUUAGAAAAUGGCAAAUCUAGCAUCAAAUUCGCAAAAGAUGUCUUGGACCUAUAUUACGGCCAGUUGAUUCAGUUGAUGGGCAAAAACGUCUCUCUUGAUGAUGAGGUGAUAUAUUUCUCCAAUAAAGAUACUUCAUACUAUGAAGCAGGAGGUCACGACGAAGAAGACGAUGAUGAGAUAGGGGAAGAGGAAGAGGGAGAGGAAGAGGAAGAGGAAGAGGAAGAAGAAGAAGAAGAAGAAGAAGAAGAAGACGACGACGAGACUGAAUUUGCAUCCCCCACUAUAUACAAUCCGUCAAUAAAUCAUGAAAAGUAUAAUUCUAUGGGAUUUAGUGUCGAUAAUUCCUCAUCGCCCCAUCUAAAGAGAAGAUUCUCAGUGAAUUUCACUGAUUAG